GACAUUUUUAAAGGCGUAGUCGCGGGCGACGGCUUGGUCGGCUCUCGGAGCAUGCGCAGUCUGCGAAGACACGUUUCACGCGGUAGGAUUGCUUGUUUAUAUUACAAUUAAACUGAGGUACCAGCUGCCUGCUGAACCGUUUUCUCGUCGAAAAUGGGUGGGCUUCUGAGCUACUUCAGAGGCUUGCUGGGCAGUCGGGAGAUGCGGAUCCUGAUAUUGGGCCUGGAUGGGGCUGGAAAGACUACCAUUCUGUACCGGUUGCAAGUCGGCGAGGUUGUUACAACCAUUCCGACUAUUGGAUUCAAUGUUGAACAAGUUACAUAUAAGAAUCUCAAGUUCCAAGUGUGGGACUUGGGGGGUCAGACGAGCAUCAGGCCAUACUGGCGGUGUUACUUUUCUAACACCGAUGCCAUCAUAUACGUUGUUGACAGUGCGGACAGGGACCGUAUUGGCAUAUCUAAAGAAGAGCUAGUUUCCAUGCUCGAGGAAGAAGAGCUGAAGAAGGCUAUCCUUGUCGUUCUUGCAAACAAGCAGGACUUGGACGAAGCCAUGACAGUGUCUGAGAUUCACUCGGCACUGGGUCUAGAUGCACUGAAGAGCCGCACAUUUCAAAUAUUCAAGACCUCUGCACUCAAAGGGAAUGGACUUGACGAAGCCAUGGAAUGGUUAUCAAAUGCUCUGACCAACAACAAGUGACCGACGAUCAAGCAAAGAAAGAGGCUUCAGCCAUGCCAGUCCACCAUCAUUGUCAUCUCAAAAAGUGCGCGUUUGUCGAGAAAUGCGAGCGAGAACAGUUCCCGAGGCUGCCGACAUAAAAACGAGAGGAGCGCAGGAAAACUGGCUGUGUGCAGCAUGGUGGCAAGACACACGGCCACGAUCGCACGGCACGCAUGGACUUUGGUGCACGUCGGGAAGAAGGCCUUGGAGUGUGUCGCUUCGCCGCCAUUCCCCAUCUCUAGUCUGUGCCCAGAAAUCAAGAAGAGCCGCAGUUUGUGUUUAUGUCCCCUUCCUGCAGAAAGCUCCUCAGUAGCCCCGACAUGUCGGAAACAUUCCUGGCUGGCUGGUUGGUCGAUUUGUUUUGUAUCUUCUGGUUAGGUGACUGUGUAAUUGAAACUUUUUUUUUUCUUUACGCGUGUGUCUCUUUUUUAAGUCCAAGAUAAAGCUGAGCAUUUUUCUCUUGGACUGCUGCCUGCUCAUUCGUUUUUCUUUUUACGUAGCAGCUUGCCUGUAUUGAGACUUGCUCGUUAAAUUGUAAUGUCCCUUGCUUAGAAGAACUUUCGUGGUGGAUGGUGAGAUAGCCGAGUCAAAAAGCAAUUUAAAUUGUGGAGAUUCAGAUGCAUUUUUUCUUUUUUUGUGAGUGGAUUGAUUAGCUGGCCAUUUGCAGAUUGCCGCGUGCCUUGGAAGAGGUGUCCAAACAACUGUGCUCGACAUUGUCCAACUUAAAGCUUGCAAAGCGUGGCUAUCAUAGCCCAAUUCUGUGUAGACGUGCCAGACUAAUGCUGUUGUCAGCAGCUGCACCCACUCGUGAUCAUUUCAAGACGAGAAGGUAAAACCGUUCUGUGAAAGAACAUUUUUUUUCUUGGUGCAUUGAAGCCCCCAGUUGUGAAAUUGAGUAGACCUAUGCGCAGCAGCAGGCACGUAGGCAAGGGGGGGGCCCGGGGGGCCCGGGCCCCCCCCGAAAUUCGUCAAGCCUUCUAUAUUCCCGGGCAACUUUUGUUUUAUUUUUGCCAUGGAAAUACUUUCUUUCGAACAAUUAGGCCUUGGGCCCCCCCCGAAAAAAAAUCCUGGCUACGUGCCUGCGCAGCAGUAACUGUGGUUGCCUGGUGCUGACAAGCUAUACAAUGGUAUGAACUUUGUUGUCUCCUUUCUAAAAUAUUGUGCAAGUGCAGGUUGCAACCUUAAGUUGUCAAAUGAUAUAACACAUUACUCAUUGGUUUCCUGUGAAUUCAUCCAUUACACUGCUUCACAAUAAUCCAGUUUGUGGCACUUCACAUUUUGCAUCUCUAAAGCAUAUUAGUGUACCAUUUUUGUUGACUCUGUUCCAGUUGGCAUUCUUAUGACGGAUGUCACGGAUAAUAUUUUAGGUAAUUUGCCUCACUUCAUCAUAACUUCGUACUUGCAGAUUGUACUGAGCAUAAUAUUGCAUCCACCGUUUGUGCAAGCACUCGUGAGUACGCAAGCAACAUAUGGAAUGGCUUACCGAAGCUUGUGAGAAUUUGGGAUCGCAUUCAAGUGUGGUUCCGUGAAACUGAACGUCCGCGAGUUUCUGUAGUUUUAUUUGAGGUACAAAGAGCAGAAUUAACGUGGUGUAGUAUUUGUUGUUUUAAGCUAACUAAAGGGUCAUGGGCUGACAACAGUAGUAGCCAUUCUGUAUGGUAGGGUGCUUUGCUGAAAAAUUUUGAGAAGCAACUGUCUGCAAUUUUUCUUUUCCUUUGUCACACAAAGGUAGCCUUGUUCAUCUCCACAAUGUCUAGCUUGAUACGGGCAGCAUCAGAAACAUGAAAUGCUGUCACCAAUGUCCAGUCGGUAUGCGUAGGAAAGUGUUCAGCGGCAAGCUUAGUGAGUAUAUUUUUCUUUAUUGCUUUGCAGCUGCGGACAGAUGUCGGGCACAGUAAUUGCCAGAGCGUUAGUAAUUUCUAACCUUUCCUGAGUGGUCUGCAGCCAUAAACGCAUGAGAGUCUGCAAUGUUUUGAAACCUCGGCUUUUGUAGGAAAGAUCAUGCAGCCUCUAGGUACGCAAGCUCUGUGCUAUUGCUGUGCUCACUGAAGUGGUGAGAUGAGGGAUGACUAGUGUAGCUGAAUGUGUGCACAUUACGUGAUUGGUUGAUGCAGCUAAUUACAUGAAAAUGGGAAACCUGCAAGCUAUGUUGGUACGCAAGUUUCUUUUUUGUAAGCGCACACCAAUGCCAAAGCCCCAUCCAGAGUUUAAUGCAUAUAUGUCAUUUAAGGGCAGCCGGGAAUGUGAAUAAAACCUUUUUAUAAAUGAA